GAGCCAGUGGCGGUGGUCAGGGCGGAUGAAGGAAGUUUAGUUGAGGGUGAAACGGUUUAUUGCUGCUCUGCUGUUUGAGUAACUGUGGUGGAACACAAGCUCUGCUCAUCCCGUUAUCCAGAGCUACACUAACCCACCAUCUCUCUGGCCCAUAUAUACACUGGCAGAGCACGUAGUAAGUACCCUGCAAGCAGUGAGGGUGACUAUGGAAUCGGAGAGAAGUUUCUACACUCCAUUGCUGCAGACCAUCGAGGAACCUACAGUCUCACCGGCUGCCACAGGCUGCAUGAAGGUGCUGUCCUCUCUCUUGGCCAUCGCUUCCAUUACCAUCGGCACCAUCUAUCUGGACUCCUGCACCAUACAGUACCUCAUUCCAAUCUAUCUCAUCGUCUCUGGAUGUUUCACCCUCUUUUUCGUGAUGCUGUCCUUGGCAUCAUGCUCUUCGAAUGAUGAAGAUUCUCGGGAGUCUGCCUGUAAAUCUGACCUCGUUUUGAAGGGUGUGGUUUCUAUCUUCUCCGUCAUCUGGUUUAUCUGUGGGAACGUGUGGAUCUACACUAUCUACCCACCCGAUUACAACAACAACACAUCGUUCAGCUACUGUGACAAGACGGUGUACCUCUUUGCCUUCUGGACCACCACCGUCAUUUACAUCCUGAUGGGGGUCACCCUGGUGCUGGGCUUCUGCGCUUUGCUCUGCGCCUGCGCUCUUGGUGGCAGCUUCCUCCUUUCACGUCGCACAUAGUCACCUCUCCCCCUCCUCUCUCUCCCCCUCCUCUCUCUCCCCCUCUCCUCCCCCUCUCCCCCUCUCCCCCU